AUGACCAAAGCAUAUACAGUUGAGAAGUUUGAUUAUCACAUGGCAGAGGUAGAUAGAAAUGAUAAGAGGGUCAAAGAUUACUUAGUCAACGUUGGGUAUGAAAGAUGGUCCAGAGCACAUUCCACUGUCAACAGAACAUUGACAGUGACUUCAAACAUUGCGGAGUCGAUCAAUGCAGCGCUCAAGGCUGCUAGGGAACUCCCAGUACUGCCUUUGCUGGAGUACAUAAGGCAAUUGAUCGGACGAUGGAACGUUACAAAUCAAAAGAAUGCAAUAGAGUCAUUUAUUGAUCUUGGAAAAAAAUAUAAUACAAUGCUGAUGGACAAUCUCGAAUUGUCACAUCGGAUGAAGGACAUCUCUUUCUUUUUUUCAUUUGCGGUGAAACUUCAGGAAGUAAUUCAAGCUGGUACAGAACAAUCUGAGAUUCGGGAACCUCUUUCUAAGAUUGUUCCUUCAUCUCCUCUGCCGCCUUAUCAACAUUUUCAGUCACACAAAUAG